GAGUGAGAGGGCGGCGGAAAGGAGAGAAGGACGCUGUGGCCGGGCAGGAGGAAGUGCGCCGGGUCUCGACGGUCGCUGCGCACCCCUGGCGGGUGGGGCCGCCAGGUGAGCCCGAGAUGCUGCUGAGCUGGAAGCCCGGGCUGCCGCUGCGGCUGCUGCUGCUCCUGGGGCCGCUGUGUCCCUGCUCCCCGGGCGCCCUGGCGGAACUCGCGCCAGCUGAGGACGUCGUGGUGCUGGUUUUCUCCACCGAGCGGCCAGUGCAUCUGGUGAGUCCCGCGUUCCUGUCCUUCACCAUCGACGCCAAUCUGGCCACGGACCCGCGGUUCCUCACCUUCCUGGGUUCUUCAAAGCUUCGUACCUUGGCCAGAGGUUUGUCUCCCGCAUACCUGAGAUUUGGUGGCACGAAGACAGACUUUCUCAUUUUUGAUCCCAAGAAGGAACCAACCUUUGAAGAGAGAAGUUACUGGCAAUCUCAAGUCAACCAGGAUAUUUGCGAAUCUGGAUCCGUCCCUUCUGAUGUGGAGAGGAGGUUGAAGUUGGAAUGGCCCUUCCAGGAGCAAUUGCUACUCAGAGAACAGUAUCAGAAAAAGUUCAGGAACAGUACCUACUCAAGAAGCUCAGUGGAUAUGCUGUAUACUUUUGCCAGUUGCUCAGGACUGGACCUGAUCUUUGGUCUAAAUGCAUUACUACGAACUGCAGAUUUGCACUGGAACAGUUCCAAUGCUCAGUUACUCCUGGACUACUGCUCUUCCAAGAGUUAUAACAUUUCUUGGGAACUAGGCAAUGAACCUAACAGUUUCCGGAAGAAGGCUGGUAUUUUCAUCGAUGGAUUGCAGUUAGGAGAAGAUUUUAUGGAGUUGCAUAAACUUCUAGGAAAAUCUGCUUUCAAAAAUGCAAAACUCUAUGGUCCUGAUGUUGGCCAGCCUCGAGGAAAGACUGUUAAGAUGCUGAAGAGUUUCCUGAAGGCUGGGGGAGAAGUGAUUGAUUCAGUUACAUGGCAUCACUACUACUUGAAUGGGCGAAUUGCUACCAAAGAAGAUUUUCUAAACCCUGAUGUACUGGACACUUUUAUUUCAUCUGUGCAAAAAAUUUUCCAGGCUGUUGAGGAGACCAGACCCCACAAGAAGGUUUGGUUAGGAGAGACCAGCUCUGCAUAUGGGGGUGGAGCGCCCUUGCUGUCCAACACCUUUGCUGCUGGCUUUAUGUGGCUGGAUAAAUUGGGCCUGUCAGCCAGAAUGGGCAUAGAAGUGGUGAUGAGGCAAGUGUUCUUUGGAGCUGGAAACUACCAUUUAGUGGAUGAAAAUUUUGAACCUUUGCCUGAUUAUUGGCUCUCUCUUCUGUUCAAGAAACUGGUGGGCACCAAUGUGUUAAUGGCAAGUGUGAAAGGUCCAGACAGAAACAAACUUCGAGUAUACCUUCAUUGCACAAACAUCAACCACCCAAGGUAUAAAGAAGGAGAUAUAACUCUGUAUGCCUUAAACCUCCAUAAUGUCACCAAGCGCUUGCAGUUACCACAUCACUUAUUUGACAAGCAAGUGGACAAAUACCUCAUAAAACCUUCAGGACCCAAUGGCUUAUUUUCCAAAUCUGUCCAGCUCAAUGGUCAAACUCUGAAGAUGGUGGAUGACCAAACCCUGCCAGCUUUGACAGAAAAACCUCUCCGCCCAGGAAGUUCACUGGGCCUGCCAGCUCUCUCAUAUGGAUUUUUUGUGAUAAGAAAUGCCAAAGUUGCUGCUUGCAUCUGAAAAUGAAAGACAUAUACUAGCCCAGAGACUGAAUUUUUCAAGUGCAUUGAUAAGAGGAAAGCAAAACUCAGGCUGUAGGAAGGCAAGCAGAUGAACUGGUGACUGCUUUAGGGCCACUAGGACACUCUCAGCGCUAGCUUAGCACAGUAUUUUGUUCUAAGUAGACCACUGUUAAUAGUAAUACCUAGUUCCAAACACUAUGUUUGUAUUCUGCAUGUACUAUUUUUAUUUAAGAUUAUUAAAAAUGUAUAUAAAUGCUCCCAAUACAGCCAGGGGGCAAGUAAGUGAAGGAUGUAUUAUUAGUUUUAAGAAAGUGUUUAGUUGUUUUUAUUUUAAAAAAAAAAUAGUUAUUAGAAGAUUGUCAGAUUCUUUCCUCCAUAUGCUUUCCUCCCAUAGGGCUGCUGUCAGAAAAAGUUUACUACCACAACCUUCAAAUCAUCUAUAAAAGAGAGACAAUCUUUUUGCAGCUUAACAGAGAGCUAAAUUCAGCUGCUGCUUCACUUCCCUCUGUUCUGUUUGUCUCUGUCAGCAAUACUGUGUGAGAGGACAGAUGGUUAGAUGUGAUAGCACAAAAAAAAAAAAAAAACUAUUAAUGGCAAUUUGGAGGGAAGGGAUUAUGUAAACUUCAAAUGAAAUAAAAACUGACUGUAAGUGAAAUUGAUUUACCAAGAGGAGAAAAUUUAAUUCAAUACAUUGUAAGCAUCUGUUAAUGUUUACCUUUAAUCUACCUUAAAUUCUUGUUUUAGUUGGCUGCAAGUAACAGAAAUUGAUUCCAAUGGCUUUGAUUGAUUCCAAUGGCAUUGAUUCCAAUGGCUUAAACCACCACACGUUAAUAAUCCCACAUAACAAGAAGUUCAAGUAGGGUGAGCUCCACUGCUCAGUAUGUCAUCAAGGAAUCGGUUUCAUUCCAUCUCUCUGCUCUGUCACCUUUCGUAUUGGCUUCAUUCUCAAGCUGGUUUCACUAUGGCUGUAGCUAUUCCAUGGGCCCAUUCAGACCUGGCAGCAGCCAGAGAAAGAAGAUGAGCAAUUUUUUCUGUCUCCUUCAUAGAUUUUUGAAGGACCCUUUCUCAGAGGUUCUCUCAGCAAAACUCUCCUCAUGCCUCCUCGUGUCAUGGUCGCAUGGCCAUUCUCCCCAGUCACUGCCACCAUCAAUGAGAUUCCUCCAAUUGUCUCCUAAUAAUCUUUUGGAAUGGAGAGGGUGUUGGGAAGUCUAUAACACUGACCACUACUGUUCUGUGCUUUUAUCAGUAACAGAAUGUAUUAUUUGCUCCUGUGUCUUAAUUCUUAGAAAUAUAAUUCUCCUUAUAUUUAUGCCUGCUAUGAAUAUUGUCAUCAAUUAAGUACAUUUAUAAGGAACUAAAGCUGAAACUUAAAGUUUGGAUGCUUUAAUAUCCUUAAAUUUUAUAUGUAAGUAAUUUUUAUAUUUUCACAUUUGAAAUAAAGUAAC